CUGCAUUUUCUUUAAUUCGGCAGAAUCCAAAGAAACAGUAAAAGAUUAAAAAUUUCAAGAAAAUGAGUGAACAAAAUCAAGAACCUGAAACCACCGCCGUUACCCAACUCCCUGAAGAAUCAAUCGAUUUCCACCUUCUCCGCCUUGAUUCCACCCCCACAACCACCGCCACUCACUUCCACACUCCAUGCACUGCAUGCGGCUGCUCCGGCGCCGCUUCUUGCAAUUUCCCGACCAUCUCUUCCAAUAACAAACGCCGCUCUCCUGACCAGCCAACUACUUCCCUUUUCUUGGACCCAUCUUCACUCCAAGAUCAUCAAAUCCCGAAAAAACCAAAGAAACUGUUUCUUGAUAAUCCACCACUUCAAGAAACCAAAGAAACCGUUCCCAUUUCACUCCGUGGUUUCACCAAGAUUACACUCCCUUGCAUCUCCCCUCCUCUCCUCCGCCGUUGCCACUCCGAUCCACCGACGGCCCACCACUUGGAAUCUUUUUCCGGGUUCGGUGCCAACGCUAAUCAUUUAACUACUCCCCCACAAUCUCCACCAGACAAUGUUAAAAUGAUGGCAGGUGGAAAUUCUGCUGAUACUAAUACUGAUUCCGGUUCCGGUGCCAGUGCCGGUGCCGGUGCUACAACUCCUGCUUCUAAGACACCGGUAACUGCUUCUCUGCCUCCACGGCCACCGCUGCUCAGGAGGACCGUUUCUGAACCUUCUCCUGAUAAGAGCCUUUCUAGAACUUCUAGUUCUACUGAUUAUGCUUAUGCUGCUGAUUCCAUCCCUAAUUAUCAGUUGAUGAAGAGGAUGAGAGAUUACACUAAGGAGAUGAAUCAGUGGUGGGAUCAAUUUCUGCCUGAUCAAGACACCGGCGAGAAGCACGAAGAAGAAAAUAUCACUCAACAUGCUAAUGCAAAAAAGGCGGAUUUGGUUACGGAUUUUGAAGAAGCUGUGAAUGUGGAAAAGACCGGAGAGUGCUUGACCGUCCACUUUAAGUGUCCGUGCAGCAAAGGCUAUAAGAUUCUUCUCGACGGUAAAAGCUGUUACUACAGGCUCAUGUAGAUGGAAGAUACCGGCUCCUAAACGAGUCCUUCAUUCUUUGCUGAAAAACAUUUCAUUUACCGUGUCUACUCGCUCAUUCGAUAAUCUUUUUCGUGUUUCUGUAGGUUCCCGUCUUAUGCUUAAGUACAAUAUUUAGGUCAGAAUAAAUUCUGUUGUAGUAAUUGCAUAUAGUUCUUUGUUGGAUUGUGUAGUUAAGGAAUGUUAGCUUAGAUGAAUCUCAUAUUCUAGUAGUAGUAGGAAGUUAAAAACAAAAUCAAUGAACUGCAAUGUGUAAAAAGUUACAUACUUUGAAUGGAUCAUAUUUUGAAGGUUC